AUGGAGACUAUGGAACCACCUAAAAUGUUAAGAAUUAAGAGGAAGAGAGGAGAAGAUCCUCUCCAAGCCUUAAUUCUUGACUCUCAGAUGGCAAAAAGGUCUAAGCCAUCUUCGCCAGUAGCUUCAGGAACAGUCACACCCAACGAAAAUUAUUACUUCAAAUUAACUAGAACUGAUGCUUCUGCUGUAGACGGAAUACUGAUCUUGUUAUCUGAAACAUCCAGGACCACCAAGGAAAGGAAUUUCGUUAUACCAAAGUCACAGACUGAAGAGGACGAUACAAUACCAAAUGAGUUAUCAGAUUUAGUAAACAAUUUCAUGAUCAAUAACGACACCACCACCGAACAAAGAAAGAAGAGGAAUCAUUCCAUCGCCAACCAUGUUACCACUGAACCAGAAGAUGAAUUCGUUUACGAUGUUUAUCAAUUGUCUACUAUGACCAAUCACAACCAUCCAAAAUCACAAAUAGGGUAUAUCAAGUUCUUUGAGAAUAGUGACGAUGAAUUCAAUAAUAAUUCAGAACCGGAAGAUGAUCGAGUUUAUUCUGACCACGAAGAUUCCAAUGCCGAAGAUUUCUAUCAGAAUGAUUAUCCUGAAGACGAGGAUGCUGAUAUCGAAACUGAUAUUCAUAAUGAGUAUAGGAACACAGACCUAGAGAAUGAUGAGAUCGAUGAGCUUUUCGAUUAUGUGCAGAAUACUGAUAUGAGUCUUAUUGAUAACUAUAAAAGUGAAGAUGAUGAAGAUUAUGUCUUUGAAGACGACGAUGAAGACGACGAAGAUGAUGAUGAUGAUUACGAAGACGAUGGAGAUUUUGAACGUCAAAAGUUUUUUGAUAACGAAAGUGAUGAUGAAUUGGCUAUUCAUAGGGAUAGAAUAUUUUCCAAAUUAAAGAAAAUGGUUGAUGAAUAA